AAUACCCCAACGUUCCCUCACAGGCCACAGCACUUUUGUCCGUGUUUGGAUAGCAGCAGCCACUGUCACUAAUCACUAUGGCAACGGAGAGGAAGAAAACUUCACCACUUUCUUUGGAGCAAUUCAUCUCCAUUACCGCCCCUCUUCUUGAUUUGGAAAAGGAAGCUGAAAUAUCAACCUCAAUCGCCACUGGCGCGUCCAGGAAUUUGGAUACUGCUCAAAGGAGGGGCUCCACAAUCCUUAACUUGAAGUGUGUGGAUGUUCAGACAGGGCUUAUGGGGAAGUCUCUGAUCGAGUUCCAGUCUACAAAAGGAGACGUUCUUCCUGCGCACAAGUUUAGUACGCAUGAUGUUGUUGUUUUAAAACUCAACAAAGCUGAUUUAGGUUCUAAUGCUCUUGGACAAGGCGUAGUUUACAGGUUAAAGGACUCAUCAAUAACUGUUGCUUUUGAUGAUAUACCAGAAGAUGGUUUAAACAGUCCCCUAAGGCUGGAAAAAGUUGCUAAUGAGGUGACAUAUCGCAGGAUGAAAGAUGCAUUGAUACAGUUGAGUAAAGGAGUGCAUAAGGGUCCUGCGGCUGAUCUGAUUCCUGUCUUGUUUGGGGAGAGGCCUCCAACUGUGUCCAAGAAGGAUGUAUCCUUCACUCCCUUUAAUGUCAAUCUUGAUCACUCCCAGAAAGAUGCAGUUUCAAAAGCUCUAUCCUCGAAGAAUGUGUUCUUGUUACAUGGACCUCCUGGAACGGGAAAAACUACAACAGUGGUGGAAAUUAUAUUACAAGAAGUGAAACGUGGAUCUAAAAUUCUUGCUUGUGCUGCCUCUAAUAUUGCUGUUGACAACAUCGUUGAGCGUUUAGUUCCACACAGAGUUAAGCUGGUGAGACUGGGUCACCCUGCACGUUUAUUGCCUCAAGUACUGGACAGUGCGCUGGAUGCUCAGGUACUACGAGGAGAUAAUAGUGGUCUUGCAAAUGAUAUUCGGAAAGAAAUGAAGGCAUUGAAUGGAAAGCUGCUGAAAACCAAAGACAGAAAUACAAGGAGGGACAUACAGAAGGAACUUAGGGUUCUAUCCAAAGAAGAGCGUAAAAGACAGCAGCUUGCUGUAACAGAUGUAAUUAAAAGUGCAGAUGUAAUAUUAACUACUUUGAUUGGGGCUUUCUCUAAGAAACUAGACAACACUUCAUUUGAUUUGUUGAUUAUUGAUGAAGCUGCUCAAGCACUUGAGAUAGCAUGCUGGAUACCUCUGCUGAAGGGUUCAAGAUGUAUACUUGCAGGGGACCACCUUCAACUUCCACCAACCAUUCAAAGUGUUGAAGCUGAAAAGAAAGGCUUAGGAAGAACGCUAUUUGAAAGACUUUCAGAAAUGUAUGGAGAUGAAAUAACAUCCAUGCUUACUGUCCAGUACCGUAUGCAUGAACUUAUCAUGAAUUGGUCUUCUAAAGAGCUUUAUAACAGUAAGAUCAAGGCUCAUCCAAGUGUUGCUGCACAUACACUAAGCGGUCUUGAAGGUGCGAAGAGGACAUCUUCAACUGAACCGACCCUUCUUCUCAUAGACAUAGCUGGAUGUGACAUGGAAGAAAAGAAAGAUGAAGAAGAUAGCACCUUUAAUGAAGGUGAAGCUGAGGUUACUGUGGCUCAUGCAAAGAGACUAAUGCAAAGUGGGGUGCUCCCUUCUGAUAUUGGAAUUAUCACCCCAUACGCUGCUCAGGUUGUUUUACUCAAAAUAUUGAAAAACAAGGAGGACCGGCUGAAGGAUGUAGAAAUCUCAACAGUUGAUGGUUUCCAGGGAAGGGAGAAGGAAGCCAUUAUUAUAUCAAUGGUUCGAUCAAAUUCAAAAAAUGAGGUUGGCUUUCUGAGUGAUCGCCGGCGAAUGAAUGUGGCUGUGACAAGGGCAAGAAGGCAAUGUUGUCUUAUCUGUGACACAGAAACAGUCAGUAGUGAUGGAUUUCUAAAGCGAUUGAUUGAGUAUUUUGAGGAGCAUGGCGAAUAUCAGAGUGCAUCUGAGUACCAGAAUGAGUAGGCCAAAUAAAUUCCAAGGGUUAAUAUUGCUAUUGGGCGGGGGAACAGUAAUAUCAUUACUUUUUAAAUAACGUCGACCUAGAUUUUUUAGUCUCCUCUGCCCUUGUUUGUAUGUUCUUCAUAUGUAAUGUAUGAUAGUUUUAACCACGUCAUAUUUUGAAUUUAAAAGUACUACUGAACUGAAACUGUCAAAAUCUUAAAAUUUGUUAAAUUAUUGCAUUAGACAUGGUCUUGCUCUAUGAUGGGAAGAGAAGUAAUCCAUCUAAUGAAGUGUUGGACGUGAUAUAUUAGACUCUAGUUCUCUGCCUGAACCAAACUAAGGUGCAGAUAACAGAACAAAGCUAAUACUAAGUCAAAUUAUGUUACUACUCACAGACAAAUAUUCCUAUCUCCAUUCUGAAUCCCUACACCUACUGAAAUGAGCUCCUUUAUGCUAGUAGUCUUCUAUUCUUACUACUUUCAUGCUGGUACAGCUCCACCAGUAGAUUGAAAUUCUGCAGACAUAAACAGGAAUAGGGUAGUUUGUAUAGGCAAAAUUGUCUGAUCUAUAGCUCAGGCUGAUAUGCCAAGUACCUAUAUCUUAACCAGUUCUCUUUUCUUGAAAACCAAGUUUCUUAGAAGUUCCAAACGGAAGUUGAGAAAGUAAGGUCGUCAUCUGGGUCAUAAACUUAAAGGUGAGUGGCUUCUGAUUCCUGAAUAUCUGCAAUUCCAUCCAUCUCAAUCAAUGCCUCCCAGUUAACACCCUGGUCAGAAAACACUCCAAGUUGAUCAUUGUCAUCUCUCAACACAGCUUCAGGCACUGUUGAACUUUCUGAGCUAUCAGCUUUUUCCAACUGUCUUUCUUCUUUCAGUAUUCCCAGCUGUUGAAGAAACUCGUGGAGGUCUAUCUGGGGUUUCUCAUGAAUAUCUCCAAGUACAUCUUCUGAUGAUGCUUGAGGAUCUUUUAUUUUUGGAGGAUUUUCUGCAUGAUUUUUGCUCUCUACAUUCUGAAUUUCUGCCCUUUUAUCAUUGGAUGAAUCAGAUGGAGAUUGACUUACAACUGAGUUCUGCUUAAGCUCUUGUAGUCUCUGAUGGAUUAAAUGAACGCUAGGUUGAGAAUUCACAUUGAGUAAUCCACAAGAAGGAAACAUUGAAAUGAAGUUCUUGGAAGGGAACCACUUGAACUUUGCAGAUGUGAUAGGUGAAUUGGAGUUGGGUUUUAGGUGGGGAAGAUUAAGGUAUGCAUCUGGGCCAUAUGAUCUCCUUGCAGCCUCAUCAUAAGCCAUGGCAGCUUCUUCAGCUGUGGCAAAAGAACCAAGCCAGAGUCUGGUUCUCUUCUUCGGCUCUCUUAUUUCAGCAACCCAUUUGCCCCAAGUUCUCUGCCGCACGCCUCGAUACUCACACGAGGCAUUCUGGGGGCCACCUUUCCCUCUGGUUGACCCCUUCUUCCAUGGCUUCAAGGGAGAUUUCUUGCAAGUAUUCAUAGUUGAUAAAGAGAAUAGUUGAACAAAGGAAAGUGGUGCUGAGAGUAUCAGUGCUUGGUGAUACUUGGAACUGCAUGUAAGGCGCGGGAUGUGUUAUGUAGGAGCAAGAUUGUAGUUUGGUAUAAAUGUGUUCACGUUUGGAGAAGUAGCAAAACCCAUGUGACCGUUACUGAUGCGUUCACAGUCUCAGAUUGUUUCAAAUCCUGUUUUCCUUUUUUUAAUCUUCUUUGUUUCCUUUACAAAUAAUUUCUCCUUUUUUUCCCCUUGUUAUUGUUAUGAACAGCAUUAGUACUGCCAGCACUGGUUGAUGACUUCAAAAUAUGGGCAUGCAUGGUC